UGAAUCUCUCUCAUUCUCUCCCCUCCCAAGUUAAUUCUCCCCAUCUUUAUGACCAGCUGCCACCAGCCUCCUCCGCUCCUCGCUCGGUUGCGUUUUGCCGGGUAGCUAGCUAGCUAGGGCCUUCACUGGGAAUGGCGGAGGAUGUGGGGAGGAGGAGGAUGCAGCAGCAGCAGCAGGAGGAUGAGCGUUUGAAGGCGGCGGCCGCGGCGGUGGAGGAGGGAGUAGGGAAGAGGAAGAGGAAGCGGGGGAGGGUGGAGUUGCGGCGGAUAGAGGACAGGACGAGCCGGCAGGUUCGCUUCUCCAAGCGGCGGAGCGGGCUCUUCAAGAAGGCCUUCGAGCUCUCCGUGCUGUGCGACGCCGAGGUUGCGCUAGUUGUCUUCUCUCCCGCCGGCCGCCUCUACGAGUUCGUCUCCUCCGACACCAGCGUUGAGCAAAUUUUUGGUCGGUGCAAGGACAUUCCCGACACGGUAAUUGAUGAUCUGAAUAUAGCAGCACGAGAUCCCAGGGGUUAUUGCAAUAUACAGUUUGAUCUGAACGAGCAGCCAGCUCCGGAGUCAGUAUCUGAACUAAAUAGCUUCGCUCAAAUGGCCUUGGAACUAGAUGUUAAAGAGAUGAGCAUGGCUGAGCUAACCCGCUUCGAGGAAAUUGUUACAGAAGCAUUGGCAGCUGUUAAGAGCAUCCGUAUUAUGAAGGUGGCUGAGCUCACCCAAACUGAGGCGAGAUUAAAGAGAGAUCCACAGAAGAAAGGGGACAACUGGUCGGGCCAAGAGUCAGGAAAAGAGUGAGCAUAUACGUAGGCACAGUCUACAUCUGCAUCCAGACGUUCAGAACCUGCAGCCAAUGUUCAUGCUUGCAAUAGCCGACUCGGUUUAUUGCCUAAGAUUAGAAUGACCUCCUCAGGAAAGAAGCAGUGGGAGCUCUGCUACUGCUAUAUAUCGCCUAAGAACACCGAGCACAAGUAUCUUGUAUCAAAUUCAAAUACGCCUUUCUUACGAUACAGCCGGGGCUCUGCUAUUUAUUGCCAUAAGAGCAAUUCGAGAAUCAUCAUGUUGUUGUAUUGUAUCGAACAUUUGUUUUCGUUCCGUACAUGUACAUGCUUGUACUUGCAUUCGUUUGCACGAGCUCGAGUUCAUAUGGUGUAAAUCCUGGCAAAAUAUUAGUAAGAAGAAAUGAAUUAUCUGACGAAAA